AUGCUAGAACUUUUACCUAUCGACUUUACAUUGACAGCAUUGUCAAAAACAAUCUUAAUCAUUGCCACAAAUAUGUUACUCGGUUAUGUAUGGUAUUCACCGAAGUUUUUUCAAAAACAAUGGUUACAAGCAACACUAUGGAAAGAAGCUUUCGAUAUUCGAAAACAUCAUUUUCUCAGCGCUGCAUUAGCUGCAGCUAUCUUAUGUGGAUUCUAUACUUUCAAUGGUUGGAACUAUGUGUUUUUCGGAGAGAAAUCCGACUACAAACGACGUCGUACAUUGUUUUUAAUUGAAAUUGGUUUUACUUUUGUACUUUAUACUCUUGUAUCAUUUGUAUUAGUUGGUUUUUAA